AUGAAGUACAUUCACAGCGGAGAGACUCUUACCAUUCCUGACGGCGUGUCCGUUAAGAUCAGGUCCCGUAUCGUCACCGUUACUGGGCCCCGUGGUGAGCUCACCAAGGACCUUAAGCACCUUUCAGUCUCAUUCGUCCAGAGCCCACUCCCCAACGUGAUCAACAUCUCUCUGCACCACGGAACCCGCAAGAAUGUUGCCGCUCUCCGUACCGUCAAGUCUUUGAUCGCCAACAUGGUCAUCGGUGUUACCAAGGGUUACAAGUACAAGAUGCGUUACGUCUACGCCCAUUUUCCCAUCAACGUCAACAUUGAGGAGGACAAGGAGACUGGUUUGGGACACGUUGAGAUCCGUAACUUCUUGGGAGAGAAGAUCAUCCGUCGUGUAACGAUGCUUCCCGGUGUCAGCGUUGAGACCAGCGCCAACGUCAAGGACGAGAUCGUUCUCACUGGUAACUCUCUUGAGAACGUUUCUCAAUCCGCUGCGGAUAUCCAGCAGAUCUGCAGGGUCAGGAAUAAGGAUAUCCGAAAGUUCUUGGACGGUCUUUACGUUUCCGAGCGGGGCAACAUUGAGGAGUAG